AUGAGCGACCCGAUCAGCGAACUCAAGGAACUCUUUAUCGACAACAAGUGGGUACAACCCGUUGACAAGAAGUACAUUGACGUGCUGAACCCCGCAAGUGAAGAGGUGAUCCAGCAAGUGGCCGUCGCUUCGGCCGUGGAUGUGGAUCGAGCUGUCCAGGCGGCCAAGCGAGCGUUUGAGACGUGGAGUGUCACCUCAGGGACCGUACGUGCCGUGUACCUGCGCAUGAUGGGCGAGUUGGUGGCCAAGCGCAUUGACGCACUGAGUCGCCUUGAAACAAUGGACAAUGGCAAGCCACUCGCGGAGGCUGUGUGGGACAUGGAGGACGUGUCCAGCUGCUUCACUUAUUAUGCCAAUGCCGCCGAAGCAUUAGACGCUCGUCAGAAUGAAAAGGUGGACCUCCCUUUGGAAGACUUCCACGGUGCGCUGCGCUACGAACCCGUGGGUGUCGUGGCUGCUAUCAUUCCGUGGAACUACCCGGCAUUGAUGGCGCUCUGGAAACUGGCCCCAGCUCUUGCUGCUGGCUGCACUGUAGUGCUCAAGCCCUCGGAAGUCACCCCACUGAGUGCGUUGCAAUUGGCCCAGAUCGCAGUCGACGCUGGACUGCCCGCCGGCGUCUUUAACGUGGUGAACGGUUUCGGAGCGGAAGCUGGAGGUCCGUUGGUAUCUCACCCGGACGUGCACAAAGUGGCCUUUACAGGAAGCGUGCCAAUCGGACGCAGCAUCAUGGCCGAGGCGGCUAAGGAGAUUAAGAAGAUCUCUCUGGAACUAGGCGGUAAGUCACCUGCGAUCGUAUUCGACCGAGUGAAUUUGGACCGCACGGUCGAGUGGGUCAUGUUCGGCUGUUUCUGGACCAACGGUCAAAUCUGCAGCGCGACGUCACGACUGCUAGUGCACAAGGACAUUGCGGAUGAACUCCUUGCAAGGCUCGUGAAGGAGACAAAGAGACUCGUGCUGGGGAACCCGCUGGACAGUAAGGUGCAAAUGGGUCCACUGGUGUCAAAGGCCCAGCAGGAGAAGGUGCUGGGGUACAUCCAAAGUGCAAAGGACGAAGGAGCGACGGUCGUCCAAGGAAUGCUUCCUAGCGAGGGCAAGGGCUACUUCGUUCCGCCGACCAUUCUUACCAAUGUUUCCAAGAAUAUGUGCGUCUGGAAGGAAGAGAUAUUCGGUCCAGUGCUAUCAGUGAUGACGUUCGAGACGGAGGAGGAAGCCGUCGCUCUUUCGAACGACUCCGACUUCGGUCUGGCAGCUGCCGUUUUCUCGUCCAACGACACGCAACUGAAGCGCGUAACAGUGGCUCUGCGUGCAGGCAUUGUCUGGAACAAUUGCUCGCAGCCGUGUUUCGUAGAGCUGCCGUGGGGCGGUGUCAAGAAGAGCGGUAUCGGCCGCGAACUUGGACCUUUCGGGCUGGAUGCUUAUCUCGAACCCAAGCAAAUCUGCACGUACGUUGCGGACAAGCCAUUCGCAUGGUAUUUGAAGUCGUAG